AUGAGCCCCUUUCGGUUGGUCUAUGGAAAAGCUUGCCACCUAUCGGUGGAGAUAGAGCAUAAGGCGUAUUGGGCCGUCAAAGAGUGUAACUCAAGUUUGGGAGGGGCCGGAAUUGAAAGAAAGCUACAGUUAGUGGAAUUGGAGUGUUUGAUGUUAGAAGCCUAUGAGAACUCUAGACUCUACAAGGAGAAGAUGAAAGCCAUGCAUGAUAAGAACAUAAAAAGAAGAGAAUUUAGAGACGGCGAACUAAUCCUUCUCUACAGUUCAAGAUUGAGGUUGUUGCCCGGAAAGCUAAGGUUAAGAUGGGAAGGACCUUAUCGAGUAGAAAAGGCGGAGCCGUAUGGCGUCUAUCACUUGUGUCAUCCUUCGAGCCCCGAUAUCUUCAAGGUUAAUGGGCAUCAUCUAAAGUUGUAUCAUAGAGAAAAGAUGAAAAGCAACAAGGAGAUUGAGGUGUUCCUAUUGAAAGAUGCACUUAAUGGAAAAGAGAAUUGA